CGAUUCCACUCCGGAGUCCCUUCCCCUGUCGCACUCUCCCGCUCCGUCCCUGUCCACGAAAGCGCGCGUACGUGGCCGGGAGAACGUAACGCGACGGGCAUGGCCACCGGUGUCUCCGGCGCCGUUAUGACCAGGUUCCCCGUCAAGAACCCGCUCUUCGCGGCCGCCGUGCUGCGCCGCCGGUCGUGGCCCCCGCUGCCUGGCCGCGCCUUGCCAUUCUCUCCGCUCGCGUGGACCCUGCGCCGCCGUGGGCUCGAGACCGUCACGUGCUUCGUGCCGCAGGACACGAAGAACCGGCAGGCGCCGGCUCCGGCCCCGCCGCCCACGCUGCCGGUGCCCGUGCCCUCGCUGGAGGAAGAGGCGGCGGCCGCGGCGGCGCGGCGCGUCGCGGAGAGGAAAGCGCGGAAGCUGUCCGAGAGGCGGACGUACCUGGUGGCGGCCGUCAUGUCCAGCCUUGGCGUCACGUCCGCGGGCGUCGCCGCAGUGUACUACCGCUUCCAUUGGCAACUGGAGGGCGGCGAUGUGCCGAUGACCGAGAUGUUUGGCACGUUCGCGCUCUCCGUCGGCGCAGCGGUUGGGAUGGAGUUCUGGGCGAGGUGGGCGCACCGUUCGCUGUGGCACGCCUCCCUGUGGCACAUGCACGAGUCGCACCACCGGGCGCGCGAGGGGCCGUUCGAGCUCAACGACGUGUUCGCCAUCACCAACGCAGUGCCGGCCAUCUCCCUCCUCGCCUACGGCUUCUUCCACCGGGGCAUCGUCCCCGGCCUCUGCUUCGGCGCGGGCCUCGGGAUUACGCUCUUCGGCAUGGCCUACAUGUUCGUCCACGACGGCCUGGUUCACCGCCGCUUCCCCGUCGGCCCCAUCGCGAACGUGCCCUACUUCCGGCGAGUGGCAGCGGCCCACAAGAUACACCACACGGACAAGUUCGAGGGCGUACCGUAUGGGCUGUUCCUGGGACCAAAGGAGCUGGAGGAGGUUGGGGGCCUGGAGGAGCUGGAGAAGGAGAUCGUGAGAAUCAACCGCAGCUUGUGAUCUCGAUGGCGGCAAUUGCAGCUAGCAAGAAUGCGGCUGUCGAGCUAGCAGAAUUGCCCUUUGCCUUGCAAGAUUUUUGUUCUUUUCUUGGCCGCUUCGUCGAGUUCAUUGUCGGUACCGGAGAAGGGGACUCCAGAAGCAGAAGGGAGUACUCGACGAUGCGGCAGCGGUGGAUAUCACAGUGCUUGCUUGAUUGUGAUCUUGGCUGCUGCUGAACAUUGUAUGGCCGGUAUCUUGAUUGUGGCUGAUUAUUCUUUGCAUUCUUCGCUGCACCAAACGUUUUUUUGGUGGAGACGUUGCCCGUCCAGUCCCCUGUCCUGUAAGAAACACCACAUUACUGUGUAUAACACAUGUAGAGAAGAUUGUGAACCACUUGAAUGAAACUAAAAUAGGUUGUUGGCAAUGAUA